GUGCUGCAUGAGGGUCGCCGCGAGGAUGCUUACCCGCAGUCGGAGGAGAAGUCUGCCUCCUGGGCUGCGGCGAGCCUCGGACGAAUCCUCGCCGCCCCGGACGGCAGGGGAGGCUGCAGGACAGAAAAACCACAGUCCAGGGUGGCAUUCACGGAAGAAAGUGCCAAGGUCCUGUGUAGCUUAUGAGGCUCCAGCAGGGGAGAAAGAGCACAUGGAGCCCCAGGAGGCCAGCUGGGAGCCGCUGAACUGGCGGCAGCAGCUGGCAAACAUCCGUACCAUGAGGAGCAGGAAGGAUGCACCUGUGGACCAGCUGGGCGCAGCACACUGCCAGGACCCAGGCGCACCCCCAGAGGUGCGGAGAUACCAGGUGCUGCUGUCACUGAUGCUAUCCAGCCAGACCAAGGACCAGGUGACUGCGGCAGCCAUGCAGCGCCUGCGCGCCCGGGGCCUGACGGUGGCCUCUGUUCUGCAGACCGAUGAACACACGCUGGGCGCCCUCAUCUACCCUGUGGGCUUCUGGAGAAGCAAGGCAAAGUUCAUCAAGCAGGUGACCUCCAUUCUGCAGCAGCGCUACAAUGGGGACAUUCCCACUUCAGUGGCGGAGCUGGUGGCUCUGCCAGGGGUCGGGCCCAAGAUGGCACACUUGGCCAUGGCCCUGGCCUGGGGCACCGUGUCAGGCAUUGCAGUCGACACACAUGUGCACAGAAUUGCCAACCGGCUUGGGUGGACCAAGAGGACAACGAAGUCCCCAGAGGCUACCCGUACAGCCCUGGAAGAGUGGCUGCCCAGGGAACUCUGGGGUGAACUUAAUGGACUCCUGGUGGGCUUCGGCCAGCAGAUAUGCCUGCCCAUCCGCCCACACUGCCAGACCUGCCUCAACCGAAACCUGUGCCCCUCCGCCCUGCAGUUCUGAGCCCGAACGUAGGACAGCCGCUGGGAACCUUGGAGAAUUUGUAAUAAAGUUUGGAACAUUU